AUGGUUGUGCGGAGGCCGAGACACCUGGCCUUCAGGCAGGUCAGGGUCCAAGAUCAUCCCACAGGAACUCACGGUGGAAGCUUACCCAAACCGGAUAUUAGUGGUGCCAAGUAUCGAGUCCAAUUGCCGUGUGCACACUUCGACUUUGCCGUCUGCCCGACCGCCCACCCGGCCUGGAGAAGCGGGUCACACUGCUGGUUGAAGUCGAGCCUUGUGCGGACCGAGGUUGGCGGGCACGGCGAACAUACUAGGCGCUAG